AAGAUACUUCUUUUCCGGUACCCACCUCAAGCUUUUACUCAAAAGAACGAUGAGUGCAAAAGAUUACGACGUCACUUUGAAUUAAACAUGACGAGAGACAGAGGAAGAGAGGGAGAGAGAGGCUGAGAAAAAGUUGACAGGGGGAGUUGCUGAUGUUAAGGACGCGUUUUUCAGGGAGGUACUGACUUAGCCACCUGCUAGAUCACGAACACGUUUUUCAGUGAAAGCGGUGAGCUGUGAGACAGAAGAGGGAGCACGUUAGGUGAUACUUUGUAGAUUCCUGAUGGCCUCUGGUCCUGGGGAACAGCCACCAGCGCUGCCUGUUAAACAGCACAGGAGCCAUUCAUCUAGAUACUCCAGCCUGGAGUCCGACUCUGUUCUGCUCAGUCCUGGUGGACCAAACUACACUUACAUUGAUGUCUUCCCCGAAGCCCCUGACUGUCAUGCUGCACAGUGCCCCAUACACCAGCAAUAUGAUCCCUUCCAACACCAGGUGAGAUUUUUCUCUGACGGCACCCCUCCACCUGUCCCAAAGAAGAGGUUAGCUCGCACCCUCUCCCUCCCUGAAACCCGUGCACCUCCUCUUUCUUCUCUUCCUCCUCUCCAAAGACAACCGCAGAACUUUGACAACCCCCUGUACAUGCUGGCCCCCAUACCUGACACCUAUUUCCAUGGGGAGACUGAAGAGUUUCAGCCAGUCAGAGGGAGUCCUGUCCCCUUUCUGACCCUCUCCCAGCUGUCCUUCGACACCCCUGAUGAACACCUGCCCUGCCUCUUUGGCAGCUUUGACGAUCAGAGGGCAGUUUUUCAGGAGAUUCAGCUUCGCCAUUUACUUUUUUUGAGAAGUACUGUGCAGCGCGUGGAGGCGGAGAUCCUGCUGCAAAAUGAGGCCACAGAGGUGGAUGUCAGCUCUUUCCAGCCUGAGGAUUUCCUGCUGUGUGAGGGCAGCAAGCCAAAGCAAAUCGGAGACACAGUUUACUUCAGCCUGCACAGCCCCAAACUCCCAGGGAGGGUGCUUGGUUUGAGGGUUCACCAACAGACCAAUGAAUCAUCCUCAGCUCACACCAAACAUCAGCCAUCACAUGUCAAUGUGCGAGAUGUUAUUGCUCAUUUCCAACCAAGAAACGCACAGAGAACUGAUUCCAGUAAAUUACAAACUCAAGACCCCUCUUGUUCUCUAAAGUCAGACUCUAAUGCUGCUAGAACAUGCAGAGACAGCACUGAGUUUGCCACAGAUUGUAUGAACAUUAAUCUGUGCUCAGUUCAGUCUUUCCUCCAGAAAGGACACCAAGUGAGCGUUGAGGGAGACCUGCCAAACGCCACACUAGAAGACUUUGUUCAGGAGAGUCUCUCACUUCAAAGUGAGGACUGUUUGGAUUAUGAUAGGCAGGUAUGUGUUUUGUUAGUGCAGGUGUUGAUAGGCUUGCAACAUCUGUACAUUAGUGGGACUGCAGCUGAACUCAGACCUCAGGAGGUCCUUUUAGUGUGGCCCAACAGAGAGACGGAAGAAAGUGCUUCAGGAGUCAAGAGAGGUUGCAGAACAAAGGAGGUGGAGUGGGAAAAGACGCCGGGUAAAGGAACAAUCCAGAUGUUAUGGAGGACAUGCGGAAACCCUCGUGUAGUUUUAACCCCACUAUCUUCUUCUCGUCCAGUAUCUCAUCUGCUCACUUACAUCAAAUCCCAACUCAUAGCCCUUAUUCAAUACUGCCUCAACUCACAAGAGUCGGCCACAUCCUCAUACCAAACAGGGCUACUUCAUGUGUCCUCUCUGCUCCAGAGUGAGCACAGCGCUCCACAGCUGGCAGACAUGGUGGUCAUGCUCCAGGUGAUCCUCUGGGGACCAUGUGUCCCACUCUUUGACCGCAGAGGAUCUGUGACGACCACUGUACACAACUGGCUGACGGUCAAGCGAGCCUUGCUGUUGAUGAAGUUGGCCGAGAGAGGGCUGAUCCAGGACCGGUCUGGUCUGGACUGGGAGGACUGUAUGUGCCUGCGGUACCUGUCAUUUACAGAUCCUGAGAUAAUUGUGAGCAUGGCCGGUCAGCUUUGGUUCACUGUGAACUUGGAAUGACAUUUGUUGUCAAUGUAUAAAAAUGUGGAGUCCAUCUAGAUAGAAAUUGCUGUUUUGAUAAUUCUUAGGUAGUUGAAGGUUUAUACCCCAAAGUGCUCAAAAUGUACAAUUGUCAACAACAUAUCAAUAAAUUGACCUCUGAAUGAUG